GGGGCAGGAACAGAGCAUUAGCAAAGGCAAGAGGCAGAGACGUCUUGGCUGGCGCAGACGACGAGGACGAUCAAGACGCUUUGAGGAGACUGCGAUCCGACGACCUCUCUUCGAGCGACAUGGAGGACGAGGGGAGCGGCUGGCAAGAAGAUGAUGAGGAACUCAUCCGACGAGUAAUGCUUGCUGAGUACCGCCGAUUACUCAAUGCUCAGGAGUACAGUGGUCAGCGUGAAUUAGGCUGGCUGGGCGCAGACGAGAUGGCGUGGUUGGAAGAGGAAUCGCGGAGAGAUGAUCAGAUGA